GUUGCAUGUGGACAAGGAGAUAUUACGAAGGGCCGACGAAGAAAUAUAUAUUGAACUGUUGAAUACAUAGAGGCAGAUUGAUAGUACACGUUUAUAUAUAUCAUCACAAUGCUAAACAAUCCUCUGUUCAAAGAGAGGACUUGCUGACAAUCGGGAAUAGAGCUGUUUGCAUUAAGUACCGAUAAACCAAUAUGUUAGAGAAAAUUUUAACAGCUACUGUGUCCAAGUACAUACAGUUACCAGUGUGGACAGUGGCUCUAGCUACAGGCUGCUUAGUAUGGCUUCUACACACAGGCAGGAAGAGGCUUAACACAAAGAAGGGAUACAUCCCUCCACCAGAGACUGAGAAAGCUGACCCUGUCGACAAUAUAUUGGAUAAAACUAAGACUAAGCAGAAAAAACUCAAAGUCCUGUAUGGAACCCAAACAGGAAAAUCCAAGACAUUUGCUGGACUAUUAGCAAAUGAUGCUGAGCGUAAAGGCUUCAUGUCGGAGAUACAGGACCUGAAAGAUUAUGACCCUGAGGAUACCUUAGCAGAGGAGGCAGAUGACUGUUACCUUGUUGUAAUUAUCUCCACUUACACGGAUGGUCAGCCACCAGAGGGCAGUGCUUGGUUCCUUAAAUGGCUGCAAGAAACUGCUUCAGAUUUUCGUGUACAGAAAACUUUAUUGAAGGACCUCAAUUACGCAGUUUUUGGACUGGGGAACUCACUAUACAAAGAAAACUUUUGUGUGGUAGGGAAGAAGAUUGACAGUCUACUACACCAGCUGUCUGGAAACAGAAUCGUGAAUGCUGGUAUAGGAGACGAGAACGUUGCCGAUAGUAAACAUGGAGGAACAGAAGCUGAUUUUGAUGCAUGGAGGGCAGAAUUCUGGAGAAAAAUGAAAACAUUGAAAAACUUACCAUUUAACAAGAAAAGCAAUGAACAGAAGAAAACUGGGAAGUGCUCCGACGGAGAUAAUAAAUGUGGUGGAAAGUGUCAGUGUAAGACCUCAGGGGAGGCCUGUAGCAGUGAAGAGGAGUUGUAUGAGACAACAAGCGAGGAAGAAGAUGAAGAAGACGAGGAGGAGGUAGAUGAGGAUGGUAAUGACAUGUCACUUCAAAAGAGCAACGGUGUUGUUGAUGUGGAGGAUCUUGGAAAAGUCAUGAAGAACAUGAAAAAAGCAAAGGUGCGAAGGAAAAGAGAGGACCUUGCCAAAGGAAGUGGUGAACCCAAGGAGAUGGUCACACCAGCACUGAGAAAAGCAUUGGAAAAACAGGGAUACCGACUCAUCGGGUCUCACUCAGGUGUGAAGUUGUGUCGCUGGACCAAGUCAAUGCUGAGAGGAAGAGGAGGAUGCUACAAGCAUACAUUCUAUGGCAUUGAGAGUCAUCGAUGUAUGGAAACCACUCCAAGCUUAGCCUGUGCUAACAAGUGUGUCUUCUGCUGGAGGCAUCACACCAACCCAGUUGGGACAGAGUGGAGAUGGAAGAUGGAUGACGCAAAAACUGUGAUAGAGGGGGCAAUACUAAACCACCGCAGUCUCAUCAAACAGUUCAAAGGUGUUCCCGGCGUCCUGCCUGAGAGGCUACAGGAAGGCCAUGACAUCAAACACUGUGCCCUCUCACUAGUCGGAGAGCCAAUCAUGUACCCAGAGAUUAACAAAUUUGUCGACAUGUUACACGAUAAAGGCAUUUCUUCCUUCCUCGUAACAAAUGCCCAGUUCCCUGAUGCAAUUAAGAACAUGUCUCCAGUCACACAGCUGUAUGUUAGUGUGGACGCCAGCACCAAGGAGAGUCUCAAGAAAAUCGACAGACCACUGUUCAGGGACUUCUGGGAUAGGUUUCUGGAGAGUCUUGUUGCCCUCGGUGAGAAAAGGCAAAGAACUGUGUACAGACUGACUCUCGUCAAAGCAUGGAAUACAGAGGAGAUUGAAAACUAUGCUAAACUUGUCAACAAGGGCAAGCCUGAUUUCAUAGAGGUCAAGGGUGUCACUUACUGUGGUGAGUCGAAAGCUUCCACAUUGACGAUGGAAAAUGUCCCCUGGCAUGAGGAAGUGAUCAGGUUUGUGAAGAUCCUUGGAGAGGAACUGGAGGAGUAUGAGAUUGCUUCAGAACACGAACAUUCAAAUUGUCUUCUCAUGGCUCACAAAAAGUUCAAAGUGAAAGGUGAAUGGUGGACAUGGAUAGAUUAUGAGAAGUUCCACAAACUUGUGCAGGCAUUUAAGUCCAGUAACGGACAAGAAACUUUCAGUGCUGAAGACUACAUGGCCAAGACCCCUGCUUGGGCAGUGUUUGGGGCCAAAGGACAGGGAUUUGACCCCACAGAAACUAGAUUCCAUAGGAAAAAGAAGAAAGAUAUUGGAGGAUGUUGACAAUUUCUUUUACUACGAAAAUAGAAGUGGUUCUUAGUUGUGGUCUAGGACUUCUAAGAGGACUAUAAAUAUUACAUCAUGUAUAUCACUAGAUUCUAACUGUUAAUCUCAGUGGUUUCAAUCACAGCAUUACCAAGCGUCACCAAUAAAUGGGUCAUUUAUUGGUCGGCUGGUUAUGCCUCUAUAUGUGAGGCUUCAUCAGGAUAUUUGACAAUUUUCACCCAGAUUCUAACUGGUGUUCCACUGUGAUCAAAUAUUGUGUUUCUUUCAGACAAUAUUUUUUCCUAGUGUUUUGUAUUUCAGAAGAAAUCGGACCAUGCAGCUUUGAUAAUACCUGUAUUAUCACAGCUGUCAAUUGUCUUGAUAAAAUGUGUGUAAGAUGGUUGCAUUGUGAUAUAACAACAAUGUGUGACCAUUAACAUUGGAUUAUAUCUACAUUUAAUUUGAUCCAGGGAUACCAAGAUGUCAGGAAAUCUUAUAGCUCAAUGAUAAUCAUAUAUUUGUAAAUUGCUAUUACUUAAUUAUUAUAUUGCAAUCCAAUUGGUCAAUAGUUGUGAAUGUGAUACUGCAAUCUGAUUGGUCAAUAGUUGUGAAUGUGCUUAUAUUCUAACAAACUUUUGUUGUUAAGCAUUAGGGAUUUCGUGGCCAAGCUGAAUGUUUUAAUUAUAGCCGAUUUAUUUUGUUUUUCUCUAAUUCGCAUACUUGAAUCUGAUUGGUCCGUGAUUUCUUCAUAUCUCUGGUAAUAGUUUUCAUUUUAAGAUGCUAUAUUGCCAACAGCAUGAACAACGUUUCUUUCAAAAAUGAAAAGUUUAAAAGUUUAAAACUGAGGUGAAAAAAUGUUGGUAUUAUAAUGUUGCUUUUCUUGGUAUUUUUACUUUUUGUGAAAGAAUGCAUUAAUGAUGCCUUUUUAUUUUACUUUUUGUUAUAUUUUUCAUAUCUUCCAUUCAGUUGACUUCAUAUAUCAUUCUGUCAUUUCUUGGUUACAUAAGAUUGAAAUCUGAAAACAAGCAUAAACACAGAUAUGUUUUUGUAUAUAUUGAUUUUAUCUAUGUGAAUGUAUGGGAUCAUCUUAUAUAUGCAUAUGAUGUGUAAAUUCUGAAUUAAAAUCUUUUUCAAAACCUGUA